UACGCAACAUUUUUAAGCCGUCUCUCUAAUUUGCCGCAUCCAUUCACAAAAGGAAAAAAAAAGCACACAGAAAUCGUUUUCGAAGUCGUUAUUUUCCCCGAAAAAACAGGCAGAAUUCGAACCCUCUGGAAAACGAAGGCUCAUCUUUGGCGCCUUUAUAAGCGAGCCGCUUUGCGCGAACGGCCUCAAAGUGCAGGAGAAUUUCAAAAUCUACGGGGAGAAAGCUAUCGUCGAUCGGAGGUUUGUCGCUCGGAGUCCCUGCAAGUUUCGUCGGCAAACUUAGCGUGUUUCUUCUGAGAUUCUGAUCGGUGGACGUCGCCGGCUCGGAGUUCGUCAUUGACACAUUUUUCGUACUUUUGAUUUUGCUCUCGCUCUCUCUGUUUGUUUUUCGAUUUGGCAACUUGUUCUUUGAAUUUUUGUUUAGGUAAUGUGACUUUUGAAUGUUUAGAUUCUCGUUAUUUUGUAGAUUCAAUGAACGAUGUUCGCCUGAUUUGUCAAGUUCGUUUUAGUUUCCGAGAAUAAUUGGAUGGGAGAAGAAGGAGAAUCUAUUGUGAUCGCUCUCGUUUAGGUCUCAGGAUAUGAAAAUUGAAUUAGAGCUUCAGCUUCUUCGCGAGAGAUCUUUCGGAAAAAUUAGGUGGAAUUGGCGAAGUUUGAAUUCCUCGCUCUUGGAUAGAAUUCAAUAUCUCUUUCUGAGUGAUAAGCGCUUGAGCUUUAGGUUGGAUGGGCAGCAUUAAGAGGCUGUUCCAUAUCUACUUUGCCGGAGAAUAGUGGUUCCAGGCCGAGCAAUUUGUCUCACGGAUUUAUGGGCAGUGAUCAGAACUAUCAAACCCCUCGGUGAUUGUAGUUUGUCUCAUAGACAACGACAUCAGAGAAUGCUUUUGUUUGCUUUCCCUUUGUUUGGAUUUUGAAGUUUUAUCACCAACAUGAAUCUGACAUUUGUUCAAAAUACACACCCUGAGGUAGUAUUUGAGCCGGCAAGAGAGGUUUUGGCAAGGGAGGUUUUGAAGGGGGAUCCUUGGUUUCACAGUUGGAGAAGUUUAGGUGCUGUCUCAGGAUCAAAAGUCGAGUUGGAGGUGAGUGAAAAAUUUUGGUUAUACCAUCUGGAAGUAUAAUCGAGGAAGAAAUCACGAUAAUAGUUUAUUUAGUAUGUGGCUCUAUGCAUUAAUCACUCCUUUGGUUCUUAUAGAUAGAGUGCUCAGUUGGUUUUCCUAUAUCAUUGAGCUGCUGCAGUUUGUUUGGGCUUCAUGACUGUAUCUCCUCAGUAAACCAUUCUUGUAAUCCUUCUUCUACACUAGUAGGGUCCUUCAUCCAGCUCUAUACUGCAAUCCGUUUUCAUAUCACCCUAUCCAUUUGACAUGCUAAAGAAUCUGCUUAUCAGUUUUUAUGUGGUCAAUGGUGCUUCCUGUUUUCUGAUCUCACAUAGGAUGGACGAAAAUGGGUUUCACUUAUUUGUUCUUGAAGAUGCCUGGCCAUUUGGUCACUUUUGCUAGAGUUCAUCAAUCUUAGCUCUUAUGCACCUAAUCAGUUUCUUAGGAGUUAGGAGCAAAUCGUUUGGUCAAACUCUUUGGGUGAGGUUCACACUCUCUUGAGUAUGCCAAAGUUAUCAUCUGAUCUAGCAGAAUCCUCCUGGUAAAGAUAUCCAAAGGUUCUGAUAACUGGAAUCCUAUUUAGGUCAAGAGAAACAUGCUAGGUCUAGAGUUGAGGUUUAAUAAACCAAUAUAUCCUCGUAUGCUAUGGUAACUUUCUGAAAAGUCUGGUAAGUUCCCUGAAGAAAACUGGUGCGAAGUUACUACUGGAGGUAGAUGUGUCCCUUCUGGGCAUCAACCCAACUCUUAUAGCCCACAGUUCCCCCUAUUUAUGUGUGUCAAAUCGAGUUUGAAAUUGUUUGCCUUGCUUUUACGAUAGGUUGGGCAUCUAUUAUCCGGUCCCCAGAGCUCAAGGAUACAAGUGAGCAUGCAAUUUGUUAAGCUAAUAUGUCUCUACCAGAGGGUUCAUCAAUCAUCAUUUCUUAGUUGUUAAACAGGAUACCUGUUAAUCUUCUUUUUUUGAUGAUAACUGCCUCUUGGAGUAUGCUGAUUGGAGGAGCCGUACUGUAACUGGUUUAUCUUGCUGCUGAUUUGGAUUGGUUUGCAACAAUAUAGAAGGAAGCGAUGAUGUCCUCAAGUGUUUGCUGGGUUUUUCAGGUGACAGAUGAUAUUUCGAAAAGCGAGAAAAUUUUCUAAAUUUGUUCUUAUUUGCAGGUCGUAUAAGCUUCCCUUCAGCUGGCAUUUUCUGCCAAUAUCAUCAAGAGACUAUUCUUAAUGGGAGAUGUAGUCUUUGAGGCUUCCCCUCCGCAAUCUCAGCAGCCUAACCUGCCGAAUCUUAAGAUGGAGCUUGGAAUCCCUUCUCAUCCGCUAAAUAAUGAAGAAUCUCGGUCAUCAAUGCUGAAAGAGGAAGCAGCAGAUAAUGCGGAAAAUGAAAUCCGUGAUAGAGGAUUAAUGGAGCAUGGAUGCCCCCAUUACAGAAGAAGGUGUCGUAUUAGAGCCCCUUGCUGUAAUGAGAUCUUUGGUUGCCGUCACUGCCAUAACGAGGCUAAGAAUAGUAUAAACAUCGAUCAGAAAUUGAGGCAUGAUAUUCCUCGGCACCAAGUUAAGCAGGUUGUUUGCAUACUCUGUGGCACUGAACAGGAGGUGAGUACUAUCAGUGAAGAGGAAGUGUGGCUCACUAACAUGCACAAUGUUCAUCAAUUCUGCGUCAGCUGUGGAGUGUGCAUGGGGAAAUACUUUUGCGAGGUUUGCAAGCUCUUCGAUGAUGAUACGUCUAAGAAACAGUAUCACUGCGACGGCUGUGGAAUUUGCAGAAUCGGCGGACGUGAGAAUUUCUUCCACUGUUACAAGUGUGCCGAGACCCAAGCCGAACGGUAAAGCACAAGCCAGUAGAGCUAGCGUGUUGGUGCCAGAGUCGGAACUUGAUCGUCAAAAAAGGCGAAAACACCAUAGAAAUGAUAGAAACAGAGGAGGAAAAAAAAAUAUAGAAGAAGAAAGAUGGAUUGAGGGUAAGAAAAAUAUAAAUGAGCCCGCAAAGGUGGCCUCAGGAGAGGAAACACUGUCGGCUCGAGCAAGCUGCAAAAGAGAGAGAAUGCAAAAGUUUUAUCAAAUGACGAGAAAUUUCAUGGAAAGGGAUGAGAAGCAGAGAAAGAGAGAUUUCAGAAAGGAGAAAAAGAUGAGAGUAAAGAAAGGAAUGGAAAGGAGAAAAGAUUUGAACAAGAAAGAGAGAGAUUAGAUUGAUUUCUCCAAGAAAGACGAGAAAAGCGAAGAUUUUCUCUAAAAGUUGAAGAAAGGAGGAAAAAACCCUAGUGUUUAGGAUUUCCGUUCAAGCAUUACCGGAAAAAUUUUGAAGAAGAAGAAGAAGAAGAUAGAGAAAACCAAGUAGGAAAAAAAAACAUCAAAAACAAGCACGGAUGCUGUCAUUUGAAUCGGAAGAAGGAGAAAACUGAGGAGGAAGACUAGCAAAACGAUUUAGAAAGAGGAAAAAAAAUCAGAUUUCUAGAGAAUAGAAGGAAGAUUGAAGAGGAAACAAAUAGAGAGAUUAAACUCUUCCUCUAUUUUAAGAUAAGGGAUCGUUUUUAGGGUUUCAAAGCUUCAAAGAACCACCCUACAGAUCUUAGAAAUAAAAAUGAGAGAGGGAGAAAGAGUAUAGACAAGAAAACGAAGACUAAAAAACUGAAGAAUAUGGAAAGAAACUCGAAUCUGGAAAAAAAAAUGGAGGAACAAAGAGAAGAUGAAAGAUGAGGAAUUUUAUCAAACAGUUGGUGAGCAAUAUCACCAUCAUCGUCGUCAUCCUCUUCUUUAUCUUGUUCCAUUUUGAUAUUUCAAAAUCAAGAGAAAAAUGAAUUCAAAUCAGAAAACAAACAAGAACAAAGAAGAAGAAAUUAGCGGAAAAAAAAAGAGGAUCUCAAAGGCCUGACACCAUUUUGAUAUUUCAGAGUUUGAGAGAUUUUGGGAAAAUGUUUCCUUAAAUACAAAUAGUAGGAGAGAAAGAGAAACUCUAACCAAACUAAACCAAAACAAAUUAAACCAAACCAACAUUAAACCAAAUUAACAUUUAACUACAUAUAUAUUCUAAUACCUCCC